AUGGCGUCAUUGUGCCUUUGCCGCCUAAGAGACGUCGUGCUGCCGGCCUUGUUCUUGUGUGCUGUCUUACUCCCCAAUAAAGGUCUGGCCCUCAAUCUGCGGGACAAGCCGACUAAUCAGAGUACAACUACUGAUCCAGCUGAUUCGCUUCCGGAGAAUGCAGUAGAUGGCAAUUUAUACACCAUUUCAUACACAAAUCUAUGUGCGGGCGAUCGAUGGUGGAGAGUAGAUCUUGAAGCUAUCUACUGCUUGAAGAAAAUUACAAUAAUCAACAGAGUCGAUGGCUAUGGUAAAAGAUUGGCAGGUGCUGUAGUGCGGGCUGGUUUGGAUCCAUCAGAUUUCUCAGAGAACACACAGAUAGGAGAUGCAGUCAGAAGUUCUCAGGCAACUAACGGAGCAACGAUUGAUUUCAUCGCGGAUCCCAUCGUCUCCGCUAGAUACGUCAGUGUGCAAAAAACGAAUGGUAUUCUGAGCCUGGCCGAAGUCAUGGUGGUGGAAAUCCAAGACACUUCUACUGUUGAAGGUAAGGUAGAUUUUACUCUGGUUGCUAACCCCGCUCGUAUUGGCCAGACUGGAGACGACACUGCAGUCAUCCAAGCUUACAAGGGUCCUAACUAUGCCUCCGCUGGGAUAAUCUUCGGCAGACAACUGACCACAGGAGGUAGCAAUGUCGAAUUACCAACAGGAUCGAUGGUUGUGGAUGAUCCACAGACGAUAUGUGCAGUUACACUGUCCAGUACGUUACCUGAAUCAGCGGGGAUUGACCGAACGGGUGUUUUCUACGCUCAAGCUGUCCAAAAUGAAAAUGUGACCAGGAUACAGACAAUCAUAUUAAACAAAGAUGACGGCACAGUCCAUACACGACCUACACAGCGAACACAGAUUGCCAAUAUCGGAGAGUCGGUGGUACUACAGAUGGAGAAUGUGAAUUCAUCUGCUAACAGCAACUACAGAUGGAAGCAUAAUGGCGAUGACACAGCACGGAACAGCCAGCUAAGUGUGAAUAUCAGUAACGCUGCUGUAGAUGAUGGAGGAAUAUACAGCUGCUUCGUCUCUGGCCAAGAAAGUCAACAACAACAUGGAUUCAUGAGACUUAUUGUGAGAGGUUGUGCCGCAGGAAUGUGGGGCCAGGAUUCAUGUCAGAACACCUGUCGUCGAUGCUACAAUGGAGGUAUCUGUGAUGACAAGACGGGAACGUGUAUCUGCGCUCCGGGAUUCAGCGGAGAAUAUUGCCAGCAAGUUCACGGGCGUCACAUCUUUGGCCAGAAUGCUAGUCAUACCUGUUCUGAUAGCACUGAUCCACACAACGACGCUUGCCGGGGUCGUUUGUUUUGUCUUCCUGAUCCUUACGGAUGCUCCUGUGCUGCUGGGUAUAUGGGACUAGACUGUAUGCAAGAAUGUAGUGAAGGGAAGUAUGGAGCCGACUGUAGACAGACAUGUCACUGUUCAUCUGGCGAUUCCUGCGAGAAGGAUACGGGAGAAUGUACUGGAAAUUGCAUACCACUCUAUUUCGGAAGUAACUGCCAGUGUUCUACUGACAAUGGCGUUCUAGGACUAAAAGUGAUGCCAAUCGAUCGAUAUCAACUACAAGUUUCCUGGCAACCAGAUCCAUGUGUCUCUGGCUACAUACUGGAGUAUGCAUUGACAAACAGGGGCCAAUGUGAAGAGAUUGAAUCUCCACAGUGGGUAUCACUUCCAGGUCCACUCGAUGGUCAAACUACCAGUCAUGUCAUCACUGGUUUGAUAUCUAGUUCAACCUAUAUGGUUUACAUUCGCCCUCUGUACAAUGGUACGCAAGGACUUGAAGCGUCGACAUCAGGAACCACGCUUAGACAAGAGAAUCCUUCCGUUUCCCCUGUGGUGGUGACUUCUUACGAUUCUGCCAGAGUCACACUCAGCUGGCGUGAGGUGUACUGUGCCAACUACUUCGUCCAAUAUGCACUGCAAAACAAAGAGGGUUGCCUACCCAUCAACCCGCCUACCUUCAUCCAGCACUGUCUUUGUUCUGGAACUACUUCGACAAAGAUACCUGGUCUGUUCGCCAACUCGAUGUACGAGAUACAAAUUUUCGCCAAGGUGAAUGAAAGCUCCGGAGAAACAGUUACAACAAGUGUUCAUACCAGCACCAAAGCGCCAUCUGCACCACCACAGCAAGUUACCGUCACUUCAACAUCAAAACGUAGCCUGACUUUCUCCUGGAGUCAGCCAGCGUGUGGAAGCCGAGGUGGCAUAAUCACAGGCUACACGUACAAGCUGAGUGGACCAGGGUCACGACUCAUCUUCAAUGUAUUCACAGCCGAACAAGUUGAGAUAAAUGGUUUAAUCCCCUUCACUAACUACAGUUUUCAAGUUGCUGCAAACACCAGUGCUGGGGCAGGGCCAUACAGUGACGUUGUCAAUCAGAGAACUAAUGAAGCAGAGCCCACAGUACCCUUAGAUGUUGCCAUUCAGAACGUUGAUUACGUAUCCAUCACUCUCCAGUGGUCAGAGCCCGACCCUCCACAAGGAAUCAUCAUCCAUUACACCGUUAGGUACUGGAGGAGUGGACAGUCAGGAAAACUAACGCUGAUCAACAAUGUGGUGCAAUUAAUGUAUGAGAUAACGGGCCUUGAAACGAAUGAGACACACUUCUUGCAGGUGCAAGCUGAAACGUCUGUUGGCGCAGGUCCGUGGAGUGAAAAAGUAUUUGCGACCACCCUAAUCGAAGCAAAGAAAUUCGAAGUGCCUUCGCAAUUUGCCGUGAUAGUACCUGUCGCGGUCGUCGUUGUCAUCCUCGCUUUAGGAUUUGUCGUUGCUUUUGUAGUCUACAAGAGUUCAGUUAACAGUAAUGUCAACGAUGGAGCAGCAGUCAACGAUACACCCCACCGCCAUAAAUCCAAGUCCCCUCGUAAACCAUGCAAGAAGCAGGCCGGGCCAGAACCACCAGCAGAAGAAGAGGGCAAGGAACAGCUGGAAUUCGUACCACCACCUCCCGUCCGGAGGGAAGAGCUUGCUGAAUACAUCCGCCAGAAGGAGGCGGUGGGUGAUAAUGGAUUCCAGGCAGACUACAAGUCGCUUCCCGACGGUCAACUAUAUCCAUGGACAGUGGCAGCGAAACCAGAGAACAGGGCGAAGAACCGAUACGUCAAUGUCAUUGCAUAUGACCAUUCCCGUGUUGUACUUGACCCCUUGGAGGGUGAUCCCCAUUCAGACUACAUCAAUGCCUGCUAUAUCAAUGGAUACAAGACGAAGAACAAGUAUGUCGCCAGCCAAGGAGCCAACAAGGCGUCCAUCAAGGACAUCUGGCGAAUGGUCUGGCAGUUGGGCAUCGAUAAGAUUGUCAUGCUCACCAAUCCGUUUGAGAACGGCAAGAGGAAGUGCCUUCAGUACUGGGCUGAUACAGGAUCUACCACCAUCUCAGGCAUCGUGGUAACUACAGACAAAGAGGAUGUCUUCCUGGAUUACACCAUUCGCAAUUUCAGCAUUCACCAGGUUGGCUGUGAAGAAAGUAACAGACUGGUGAAGCAAUUUCACUACACCACCUGGCCCGACAUGCAGCCGCCAGAGUACCCAGCACCAUUGCUCAACUUCAUGCGAUUGGUCAACGGACACCAUAACCCGGGACGCACAUUGGUGCAUUGCAGUGCCGGAGUUGGACGCACUGGUACAUUCAUCGCCCUAGAUGCGAUGCAGCAACAAAUGGCGCGGGAAGGACAAGUUGAUGUUCUUGGCUUCAUCUACCAAAUGAGACAAAAUCGCAUCAAGAUGGUCCAGACACCGGAGCAAUACAAGUUCAUCUUUGACGCUCUUCUGGCUGCCUCUGUGACAGGAGACACGACCUACAGUGUUGCAGACUUCCGCCAGAAACUGACGGCUCUGAAAAAGAAGGACAAAGGGGCGAAGGAAACAGGCCUUCAGAAGCAGUUCGCGACUUUGAUGCAGCUGAGUGAGAGGCGAGGUAAAGUCAAAAAUAUGUCAGGACAGCUCCCUGAGAACAAUGACAAGAACAGAUAUCCGGAUUUCAUACCAAGUGACCGCUCUCGACCAUAUCUGUUUACCAGUGUCCAAGAAGAUGAAACCAACUACAUCAACGCAACCUUCUUGCCAGGCUACCGUAAAAAGAGCAUGUACAUCGGUACGCAGAUGCCCAUGCCCAACACUGUCACUGAUUUCUGGCGCUUGAUGUACGACCACAAAGCGACCAGCAUUGUGAUGCUGAACACCUUUGAUGCCAACGACAAGACCAUGUGUCGCUACUGGCCGGAGGAGGGAACCAUUAACUUUGGCAAACUGUCUGUCGAACUCAUCCAGACCAAGCGAUCCGACAGUGUGACACGAUGCACCUUCACGCUAAGGAACACCGAUAACGCGUCGGAGGAAGCACGCACCAUCACCCAGUUCCAAUACCACGACUGGCCCUCCGACCAGGAGAUACCGAAUUUCGUGCCAGGAAUGCUCAGCCUCAUGGAUCUCGCUCGAAAGUGGAACGGAGACAAAGGACCUAUUGUUGUCCACUGCAUGGAUGGUCUGGGUAGUACUUCUGUGUACUGCACGUUGAUGGCGCUGUUGGACCAGUUCAAUGUCGAGAAAGCCGUGGACGUGUUCCAAGCAGCUCAUCGUCUGCGCAUGGUAAACCAAAACAUGAUGAACUCGCUGGACCAAUACGCACUGUGUUACGAUGUGAUUCAGGCCAUGCUGGAUUCCACUAGCAUCUACGAGAACGUCACACCCUCAGCUGGACUGGACUCUACCGCGUAAGGUAGAACGCCAAUGAUAUCACAUUUUUGAAAUGUGACUUGUCUCAGUUAGGGCCUACACAAAAAUGACCAUAGUGUACCCACAGAAACUUUAGAUAAAUUGGGAGAUCGUCAGCAUUAGGUCUGCAUAGCUCAGUCAAUACAGCGUUAGCAUCUUAUUCUAGAGACCACCGGUUCAAAAUCCCCUUGGAUUCUCCAAAGAUGGUGUAUCAAAUCUGGUGAAAUGGAAGAUUUUUAAAAAGUACAGUGUUUAUCUCUCCAAAAUGUACUGUUCUCGAUUUUCAAAAAGGAAAUCACCCACAGAAACAUUAGAAACCAGAUUGAGCUAUUUGGUUGUCAAUUCCCCUUCCAUGACUGAGAGUACAUUUUGUAUGUAACUAAGUG